AUGGCAGCAACUGGGACUCCGUCGGUGGUCCACGUCGACCCCAACGAGGUCGGCGUAUAUGAGAUUCAAAGCCUGUGCAUGAAUUGUCGCGAUCAGGGCGUGACACGGAUACUGCCCAUCAAGAUCCCUUACUUCAAAGAUGUCCUUCUCGAAUCUUUUUCUUGCGAACACUGCGGCUGGGAGAAUAAGACCGUGAAAAGUGCAGGGCAGAUUCAAGAGAAGGGAUCAAGAUACACCUUCAGAUUAGAUAAACCCCAAGACCUACAACGACAAAUUGUCAGGAGCGACACGGGCGUCUUCCGGAUCGAAGACCUCGACCUCGAAAUGCCUCCCGGGCCAGGUCAGCUGACGAAUCUGGAGGGCAUAAUCAUAAAGAUCAAGACAGACCUAGAGUACGACCAACCUGAGAGGAAAAAGACAACCCCAGAUGUUUACAACGCACUCGAGGCCAUCAUCCAGAGAUUGGGAAAGAUGUUGCAAGGCGAAGCAUUCCCAUUUACAGUCUCUGUGGAUGAUCCAUCCGGCAACUCCUUUGUUGAACCGUCUCCUGACGACAAAGGCUCCAAGUACAGCCGACUGGACUAUCCCCGGACUCGUGCUCAGAAUGCGCAGCUUGGGUUGAUUGCCGACGACGAGAUUGAGAAAGGCGACGAUGGGCUGAAUGACGUCGAUGUCAUUAAUGACCAGAUCUACGAACUCCACUCCGAAUGCCCGGCUUGCUCGAAACCAUGUACAAUCAACAUGAAAAAGACCAACGUUCCACACUUUAAAGAUGUCAUUAUCAUGGCCACAGUAUGUGACUACUGCGGUUACAAGACUAACGACGUGAAGACUGGCGGCGAAAUUCCGGAGAAAGGGCGGCGGAUAACUUUGGAUGUCAAGACGGUAGAAGAUCUAUCCCGAGACAUUCUCAAGUCAGAAACUUGCGCCCUCAAAAGCCAAGACCUCGGUUUGGAGGUUCAGCCUGGCACCCUCGGUGGGCGAUUUACGACAGUAGAAGGCUUACUCACGCAGGUGCGGGAGCAACUUCAUAACCAGAUAUUUGACAUUGGCGAUGGAGACCUCGCGCCAGGAGAUUCCAUGGCUGACCAAACCAAGGAGAGAUGGGGUAAGUUCUUUGACAAACUGGACCGCGCCAUCAAAGCCGAAUUCCCAUACUCGAUUACUCUGGAAGAUCCGUUGGCGAACUCAUAUGUGCAAAAGAGAGUGGACUCUGGCGAGGAUCCCCAGAUCAAGUCGGAGGAAUACCAAAGGUCGGAUGAAGACAAUGAAGACCUGGGAUUGACAGACAUGAAGACGGAAGGAUACGAGACUGCGAAUGCAAAUGGGAGUACUUGA